AUGGAGGGAAUUCAAGCCUCAUUUUCUCGCGUGACCGGUGAAUCGCCGUGGGGCGAUGAAAGCUAUCCAUGGAGUGAGUCGCACAGUACUUGCGUUAUUACGAAAGCGGCUGGGACCACGUACGGAGCGGCCAAAGAGGUGUCUGUGGUGCCGGUGAAAAUAGGUUACUUGUCGCAGGAGACCCUGGCCGAAGGCAUGGACGAAGCACUUGGCGCGAUUAUCGAGAAUCAGCUCCAUGGACGAGCGAUCGUAUUGAUUACCAUGGCCUCGAGGUAUCCAUUAUAUCCGGACAACCCAAGACCAGAUGUCCAAGAAGUUCGCCGUCUUGCCGACGAGUUGUUCGGUCAAGGCGUUCCCAUCGUUCUAGCUGCUGGGAACUCCGCCAGAAGAGGCAGUUCGCAGCGACAGAAUAUCGACACAAUGCCCCCGACCCUUGCACGAGUCCUGCCUGUGAUUAAUGUAGGAAAUGUGGAAUGGUCCGGGGAUUUUUAUCACACAUCCCAGCGUGGCCCUUUGCUCAGCAUCAGCGCAAUGGGGACUGACAUAACGUGUCUGGACAAAAAUGGCCGACUUAAAUAUGAUACUGGGACGUCAUACUCGGCACCUCUCGUGGCCGCUCACAUCGCCAUCCUAAUUUCCACUCACGACCCGGACCUACCGUUCAACGAACGCGGUAUAUCAGGUGAAGAAUACGUGAGGAGGAUCAAGAGAUAUGUAGAGGACAAGGCCAACUCGGUCCGUGUCCCGGGCGGUCCCAAGGUCCUCUGGAACAUGGCAACCGCCCGAGACCAUCGACUUGCACCGGCCGUUUGUUGA